GACAUCGCAAGGCCGUCUGGGAGUUGUAGUUCAGAUUCCUGUCGAACUCCGUAGUCCAGCUGCGGCAGGAAGGUCCGAGGCUGUCUGCCGCCUUCGGUGCCUGUUUUGGAGGAUGGAUCCGGGGCCCGGGGCCAACGGGAUGCCGUUGGCUGGCUUAGCCUGGUCGUCGGCCUCGGCGCCCCCGCCGCGGGGAUUCAGUGCGAUCUCCUGCACAGUGGAGGGGGCGCCCGCCAGCUUCGGCAAGACAUUCGCGCAGAAAUCUGGCUACUUCCUGUGCCUCAAUCCUUUGGGCAGCCUAGAGAAUCCACAGGAGAACGUGGUGGUCGACAUCCAGAUCCUAGUGGAUAAGAGCCCCCUUCCGCCGGGAUUCUCACCAGUCUGCGACCCCCUGGACUCGAAGGCCUCCGUGUCCAAGAAGAAACGCAUGUGUGUGAAGCUGGUGCCCUUGGGGGCCACGGACACAGCUGUCUUUGACAUCCGACUGAGUGGGAAAACCAAGACAGUCCCUGGAUACCUGCGAGUAGGGGACAUGGGGGGCUUUGCCAUUUGGUGCAGGAAGGCCAAGUCCCCUCGGCCAGUGCCCAAGCCCCGAGCUCUUAGCCGAGAUGUGAGGGACCUCUCCCUGGACUCGCCUGGCCAGCCGAGCAAGGGUGGCUUCCCGGAGCGGACACUAUCCAGACUGGGCUCUCGGGCUUCCACCCUGCGGAGGAGCGACUCCAUCUACGAGGCCUCCAACCUCUAUGGCAUCUCAGCCAUGGAUGGGGUUCCCUUCACUCUGCACCCCCGAUUCGAGGGCAAGAGCUGUGGUCCCCUGGCCUUCUCUGCCUUUGCUGAUCUGACCAUCAAAUCGCUGGCGGACAUUGAGGCGGAGUACAACUACGGCUUUGUGGUGGAGAAGACAGCAGCUGCCCGCCUGCCUCCAAGCGUCUCUUAGCCCUUCAGUGGUCCCAGGGAGGAGCCGCCACACACCUGACACUGCCUACCACCCCCCUGGCCACCCCCAGUCCGCCGACUGGCAGCUGCCCAGCCCAUUCCACCUUGGGACCCUUGGCAGCGCAAGGCAUGCCGGACCCUCGGCCACCUGGAGAAGCUGCAGCCUGGAGGAGGGAGCGUGACUGGUCCUCUCGGUGAUGGGUUCUCCUAUCUCCCGGGCCCUAGUGGACAGGGGUGGGGGCUGGACCGAAACCAGUGCCUUCAAGUCAUUUGUGUCAAAACUCUCUGGUGCCUGGAGGCCAUGCGGGUGUCCUCCUGGUAAUAAACACCACGUUGUCCAGA